UUCUGUUGUUGAUUGUCUAUAACUCAAUUUUCAAUAAAUUUGUGACUUAAAAGAAAUUUCUUUGUCUAAAAAAAAUAAUAAAUAAAUUACUUGUUCGCAAAAUUAAGUGUGAAUCAUUUUUUGAUAUAAAAGAACAGAAACAAAAUGCCUGAUGAUUCACUGAAAAGAAGCUCCAGCUUUGAACUGAAAAAGGAAGAAGAAAUUGAAAAUAGGUCAUCUAUUAACAGCUUGGGAACCACUGAGGAUAUGAAAUUUGUUUUAAUCAGCUCAAAUGGCAGUCCACCGAAGGUUUUGUCUUUCGAUGAGGUGUCUCAAUUGUCGAAAAAUCUUGAAAAUAUGGCUUUAAUACAUGAAAUUGCCUUGAAUCCUGAUUUUAAGUUAAAACCUUACGAACCAUGUAACACCUUAGAAAAGGUUGUUAAAGAAAUGAUGCAUAAAGCUUUUUGGAAUGUUUUAAAAGAGCAACUAAACAGUAAUCCUCCUUGUUAUGAUCAUGCUUUGCAAUUGCUCCGUGAAAUUAAAGAAUGUUUUCCUUAUAUAAUAUUAGAAAAAAAUAAAAAGGUUUUGGAACUCAUUAACGAAAAACUGGAUCCGUCCAUAAUAUAUGAGCAGGCUAGAAAUAACUCUCUAAAUUUUAGGGCUUAUGCUGAUUUUGUAAUUGAUAUAUUAGCGAAAUCUUGUGCUCCAAUAAGGGACGAACAAAUACAAAACUUAACAAAAAUUGAAGAUGUUGUUGAAGUGUUCAAAGGAAUAUUGGAAGCGAUUGCUGUAAUGAAAUUGGAUAUGGCAAAUUGUAUUUUAGAACUUACAAAAAAUGAACUUAUUGCCAACGCUAUUGAAUACGAAAAACUCAAAUUUCAGGAAACAUUAAAAUAUGAUAAAAAUUUUCCAGGGAUAAAAAUGUGGCUAAAACGAAAUGAAGUUAGAUUCGAAAAUGCCAGCAAAAUAAACUCCAAUGAAACCAUUUUUAGAGCAUAUAUAGAACUUUUAGAUUGGACAACGAGUAAUAUUUAUCCUGAAGUUUUUUCGCAUGACAAAAGCAGAUUAGAAAGAUUGUCUACUACAGCAAAAAAAUUAUGCUUUCUGUCUACUAUUUGUGCAGUUUUGCAAUCGAUUCCUCUAUUUAAAAAAGAAAGAUUAAAAAUGUUUUCCAAUGAAAUUCUUAUUCUUCUUGACGCUGCGGGAUCUGAAAUUGAUUUUCAAGACUCUAGGGAAAGUAUUUGGAUUCAUAUUCUUGCAACUUUUUCUCAAGGCAAUGAAAGUCAAAUGCGUGUUGACAAUGAUAAUUUAAAAGAAAACUUUUUUUAUGCUAUUGCAAAGGGUUCACCUGUUUAUUGUUUAAUGUGGAAAAGAUUAAUAACCUAUAUUUGCAUAAUUUUAAAAACUAAGAAUUCCCCUCCUCCCCCGCCUGGUUAUGAGAUUUAUGAAACUGAGCUAAGAACAUUUGCGCUGAAUUUCAAACGAAUUGUUAUGUACAACUAUUCAGUUUAUGGAGAGCAUUACUUAAAAGUUAUACAAGAAAAUGAAAUAUGAGGAAACUUGAUUUUCAUCUAAUCCGAGUUCUUUUUGUGAAUGGGACUUGAAAUGAAAAAUUUUUACUAAAUGAAUAUUAGCUGUAAAUUAAACCAAUUUAACAUGCCUAUAAUAUUGCACGAUAAAAAAGUUCACAUAAAUUAUACAAUAAACUUACUGAUAAAUGGUUGACAUUUUCGAUUCCAAUUCAAAUAUUGGAUUAAAACAUUUACAUAAUUUCUACAAAAAUUUCGCAUGAAGUUACUGUAUAGUAUAUAAUAAGCAUAUAUAUAUAUAUAUAUAUAUAUAUGAAUAUGUAAGUACAUAUUAAUAAAUUAAUGAAAACU